AUGGACAGCAUAGAUUCAUCAUCAUGCUCUCAGCAUCCCCAUCUCCCUCCAGGGUUUCGAUUCCACCCCACGGAUGAGGAACUCGUCGUUCACUACCUCAAGAGAAAAGCUGCAUCUGCACCUCUUCCUGUUGCCAUCAUCGCCGAAGUUGAUCUCUACAAGUUCGACCCUUGGGAACUCCCAAGUAAAGCAACGUUUGGUGAGCAAGAAUGGUACUUUUUUAGCCCAAGAGAUCGAAAAUACCCAAAUGGGGCAAGGCCAAACAGGGCUGCUACUUCUGGGUAUUGGAAAGCCACUGGAACUGACAAGCCUAUACUAACGUCUGAUGGGCACCACAAAGUUGGUGUCAAAAAAGCACUUGUUUUUUAUGGUGGGAAGCCUCCAAAAGGGGUUAAAACCAAUUGGAUUAUGCAUGAGUAUAGGCUUAUUCAUAAUUCCUUUGAUUCUUGCUCUAAACCUCCUCCUCUGGCUGCUGAUCCUCCACACAAUAACAAGAAGAAUUCCCUAAGGCUUGACGAUUGGGUUUUGUGUCGAAUAUACAAGAAAAGCAAUAGUACCACCCUGCCAAGGCCACCCAUGAUGGAGCUAGAUAACGAGCUUUCAAUGGAAACCAUGGUACCAACCAUGUCAACUUAUUCAAUGGCUAAUACACACCAAAACUCUAAACCUCCAUCUUCUAGAAGCACAAGUUAUGGAACGCUAGGACAUGAAAAUGAUGACAACUUCUUCGGUGGAAUCUUAGCAACUGAUCAUCAUCAGAGCAUGCAAAACGGUUCUGAUUCUCACCUAGUAGUCUCUCCAAACUCAAAAGGUGCUAAUAAUACCAAUAAUUUCCCCACGAAACGUGCACUAACAUCACAGUUUUGGAACGAGACUGGGUCUACAGGGUCAUCUUCUUCAAACAAGAGAUUCCAUGGUGAUCUUAAUAGUGGAAGCGCUGAAGAAAACAAUUCCUUUGUUUCCCUGCUUAGCCAGCUUCCUCAGAGCACAUCGUUGCAUCCAAAUGCGAUUCUUGGGUCUGUUGGGGAUGGUGUACUCAGACAACAAUUUCAACUUCCCGGCAUAAAUUGGAACUAA